CUAGUACUACUCUCUCCGACGAACUGUCUCCGACGAUCUCCUCCCUGUAAAUCGAUUUCUGACGUUUAAUCAAGUCAUGGCUGAUUACGAUCUGGAGAAUUCUCUGACUGAACUGCGUUUGUACGGCAACACAAUACGAAGAAUCGAGGGUAUCCAUGAAGAUCGUCUGAGGUAUGUUGAUGCUGCUCGUGCCAGUAAUCUUUACCGCCGUUUCUUCGCCGACGUUGCUCGGCUCCUGGCGAGUCUCUUCAAACGUCACCGUGUUCUGGCCAAAAGCCAGCGGGACAUUGAUAUAAUUCAGGAGCUCAUCAACAGGAAGUCGGACUGGAAUGUACAAGUUUUAAUUUCUCGCGAAUUUGAAGCAACGUACAUCUAUGCUGCUCAGCAUGCUGACAUCAAAGCUACUCUAUUUGACCCCCGAGCGAGUCGUGCAGGCGGCGGCGGCGGCGGUGCCGGUUUUGAGAGAAGGAUUGCUGCUACUCUUCCACGAGGCCCGGACGGGACUCGUGGCUUCCACUUCCCCAAUCGUUGGCUUCGCGGACGUGGCCGGAUUGGACGCCGGGGUUUCCACUGAUUUAUCUCUAAGGAUCGCUCACGCAGGGUAACGCUAGGUCUAGUGAGGAUGGAUUAAUCAUCAUGCGAAGUAUAUCUAGUAGUACGUCGUCGACAUGGAAGUAAAGAGAACUAUAAGAAGUAAAGAGAACUGGGAAUGAGAGUGGUUGGUGAUUAUGCCUAUUGCCUAACAAAAGGAAAUUUGUUGAAAUUUGUCUUGUUGACUGUAGUACAUAUUUUCUUCCAAGUUUUGGUUUACUUUUGGGAAUUAGUCCUGUUGUGAAAUUCACCUGAAAACGGAAUUCAGUUUCAAUGGCUUUUCUAUUUUCAAGUGAAGACUGAAGACUACAAUACAAGGUAUGGAAUUUUUUCCCCUGUUUACCACACAUUAUGAGAGCGGGGAUUAUGCAACUUGUGGAAUGUAGAGUUGUAGACCCUGCAUCAAAUUUCUCCCUCUUUAUUGGUAAAUCGCAU